GAUGGUUUUAAUAAAGAAUCAUUGCAUUUUUAAAACCUCUUAUUGCCAGCAGAGGGCACAAUCUUCGGAUAGUAAAUUAUCUAGUCUCGUUUACAACUUAGCGAUGGCCUAAUUUGGAUGUAUUGCGGAAUACGAAAGAAAAUGAAUGCAAUGGAAAAGAAAAGGAUGAGUUACGGAACACAUAUUGUUUAAAGCAACUGUUACUAAUAGUAUUCUAUAAAGGAAGAAAUGUUACAGAGCUCUCAGGGAUCGAAAAUUUUUAUAGAUUUUUUAUAAUUUUCUGACCUAUAUGUCAAUAUGAUAUUGUUGUCAAAGAAACAAAUCGUGUACGAAUCUAUAGCUUCUAAGAUAGCCAUUUUGGCGGGUGACGUGUUUGCAUGCCAAGUAUUGACAGCCAUAACAUAAAUGACCGACGUUGCAUGUAACAUGGCGAUAUUCGUUUCUCUAAUCUACAGAAAGCAAAGAGUAUGAUAAAGCAUCGUUCAAGUAACAAGGGAUUAAUACCAUUUUUUACAAUGGUGAGAAAUAUUAAUAACUUUAUGUAUCGGCUGAUAGUAAACAGAGGAAAGAGCGCGUAUAAUUUUCAGUUGUGCUAGGAGGGGGGGCAAUGCACCAUGGGAACAAUUUGCGACAGGCGCAUGCGCAGAUCAGUUUACAGUUGGAGCUUGGAAGAAAAUGGCGUCAGCUAAGUUUCUGGAGGAAGCUCUGAGCACGGACGUCGAUGAAUCCGCAGUGAACGCGAUAGUUGGCUCCCUUGAAACGCAACUGGUAACAUCGACGCCAGCUGUGUCUGGUCAUCAAGUAAGUUCUGCGUCAGUCAGCCAGCAGAAUCAUCAGGUGAACAGUGGUAUUUCCAACGGGGGCACUAUCACCGCGGUACAGCCGCAGAAACAUGGGGUUUCAAACGGUGGCGGUGCUACUACAGUGAAUAGUCUGAUGACUCAAGAAGUAACAAAGUCUAUUACCGCGAGUACUCUUCACCCUGUAAACGUGGUUACCUCAAACACAGUGGCGCCACAGGUUACUACACAACAGCAGCAACAGCAUACACAGUCAGCAGUCCCCCCUGCUGCUUAUAUCAAUCAAGUAACUACAAACCAGGUGACCAGCAAUCAAACAACAAAUAUACCAAGCCUUACUAAACCACAUGAGCCUGUCAAGAUUAUUUAUCCAACUGUUGGUCAAGUAAUAGCAACGACAGGGGUAGCAAAUGCCAAUAAUAAACUUUCUUUUCCUGCACAAACUGUUGGACAACUAGCCAAUGGUACAUUGGGAAUAACAUCGCAAGCAGUGUUACAGACAACAUCAAAUGUUUCCAAUGUUGGUUCUGUUAGUGAAACCGGUAGUCAAACAGUGGCUAGUGUAAAUAAGCCCACAGGUACAGCUUUGGUGAUAAAGACUAGUGUAGCACCCAGUGGUAUGGUUUCUGUUCCAAUGUCUGUUCCUGUUUCUGUGGCUGGCAAUGCUGUCAGCACAGCAUUACAGGGUAAAGCUGGGGUUACAUCUACAAUAGUACCCAGCAAUGUGCAAAUUCUUAAUGUGAAUACAAUGCGUCCUGGCACUCCGGUGGCAGGACAGCAAGCAGGAAAGCAGGUUGCACCAAGAGUAGUAAUUGGUCAACAUAUGCUUGGAACAAGACCUGGAGCUCCAGGGAUAACAUUACAAACAUUACAUGGUCUUCAACCUGGAACUCAAGGUCACAUAUUACUAAAAACAGAAAGUGGGCAAUAUCAAUUAUUAAGGGUAGGGCCACCUCCAACUGCAGGUACUCCUGCUGGUACUGCAGUUACACCAAAUAGUAUAGCAGGAAAUGCAGUGGUUGCUGCACCAUCUCCAGGCACUACCUUCCGCUUAGCCUCAGUGCCAGCUGUAAGUAGGCUGAAUACACAGUUCACUGGCCCACCACUCGCCACCUUAAGAAAAUCUGUUCAGACAGUGGCUGCAACUAUUACAACAGCAACUACAACUCCAGCUACUGUGACUGCUGCUGCCACAACUACACCUACCCCACCUGUUACAACUGUUCAAACAGUUCAGACACCCGCACCUCGUCAAACUACCGAUAAUACCAAAGAAAAGUGCCGUAGAUUUUUAGCAAACUUGUUAGAGUUAUCUAGUCGAGAACCUAAAGCCGUGGAGCGACAUGUUCGAACUUUGAUACAAGAAUUAAUUGACUCUAAAGUUGAACCUGAAGAGUUCUGUGAUAGACUUGAAAGAUUGUUGAAUGCUUCACCUCAACCAUGUUUGAUUGGAUUUCUCAAAAAGAGUUUGCCACUUUUACGGCAAUCACUUGUUACGAAAGAAUUGGUUAUAGAGGGUAUAAAAUCACCUCCAGUCAAUGUUGUUUUCCCUGUAACAUCAGCUACUCCCGUAGUAACACAGCAGAAUCAGCUUAGACCAACUGUUGCUGUGGCGGCAGCAACAAUUCCUGUAACUGCAGCUACUGCCACUACACAAGUAAGGGUAAUGACUCCACUACCUGCAGCUACAACCACAGUCCCUCGACCUCCUCAGCCAGUUCAACAGAGGCUGAUGCGACCGGUUACAACAGUAGUUCGGAGUCCUUCAGCGUAUACUGUAAAGUCAACGGUAGCGGUAACUGGUAUUCGACCUACUGUUCCUACGGUUCAAAAACCACCUAUUGCAACAACUGUUGUUAAGACAGUGACAACUACAACACAGGGAAAAACAAUCAAUACAACCACUACUGUUAAUAAAGCCGUAGUGCCUUCUUUUGUUCCAAAGCCAGUUAUUAAAGAAAAAGAAAAGAAGACAUUUUCGUCUGCGGGAUAUACGGGAGAUGACGAUAUCAAUGAUGUCGCGGCUAUGGGUGGGGUCAACCUUGCCGAGGAAUCGCAAAGGAUUCUUGGUUCUACAGAAUUUGUUGGGACACAAAUAAGAUCCUGUAAAGACGAAGUGUUUUUACACAUGACGCCUUUGCAACAAAGAAUUAAACAAAUUGUUUCUAAUUAUGGAUUAGAAGAACCUAAUCAAGAAGUUGCAGCGUUGAUAUCGCACGCCGCACAAGAAAGGUUAAAGAAUUUAGUAGAAAAAUUAGCGGUUAUUGCCGAGCACAGGAUAGACUUGAUAAAGGUAGAUCCACGGUACGAAGUAACGCAAGAUGUCAGAGCACAGUUAAAGUUCUUAGAAGACUUGGAUAAAGUCGAACGUAGAAGACACGAAGAACAAGAAAGAGAGUUACUUCUGCGCGCUGCAAAAAGUCGCGCGAAAACAGAAGAUCCGGAGCAAGCUAAACUUAAGGCGAAAGCAAAAGAGAUGCAACGUGCGGAAAUGGAGGAACUAAGGCAAAGAGAAGCUAACUUGACAGCGUUACAAGCGAUUGGUCCACGUAAGAAGCCUAAACUCGAUGUAGGGGGUUCGGCCAGUAGUCCAGGAAGUAAUGUCGGUUUGAACGCUUCAGCGACGGGGAUAAAUAGACAAAUGCCAAUGAGACCACGUUUGAAAAGGGUGAACUUUAGAGACUUGUUGUUCCUUCUUGAACAAGAGAAAGAAACGUGUAGGAGCACAAUGCUGUAUAAAUCAUACUUGAAGUGAUGUUCUGUGAAGGGCAGGAACUUGAGUGACCCGCCCGAUAUUUGGCGCCCAACCUAUACGGUCUUGUGUGAGCUGGCCUCAAUGGACCUUGAUCGAUCAUGUAACGUUAGUGUACGUUGCGUUGUACAGUGUUUCAUAAGUUGCAUACGAUGAAAUUCAUUGCGAAUCACGUCGAGAUUCCACAUACAUUCAAAAUAAGAUUAUUUCUACCAUGUCGAUAAGCUUCCCUACUGUAAAUGACUGAAGAUUUUUUAAAUGUAAUAUAAUAGAUUGUUCUUUAUUUUUCAACACGAAAUCGCAUCAUUGAGGAGAGCAAUGUGUAUGAGCACAUGCUUGAUGAUCAGUCUGGGUAGUCUAUGUGGUAAGGGUGUUGUGAGGCCAUAUAUAAGUAUUGUUAUAUGGUGCGUGUACGUAUGUGGAAUGAAUAAUUGUACAUUGUCAUUUAUGUAUAUGCCUGCUGCAUUGUAACACUUGACCUAUACUUUUGGACACUGUAGCGCUAGUGUAAAGAGUGCAGGUUUUGUUAAUAUAUAGUAAAUCGUAUUUUUGCAAAUUAUAAUGUAAUGAAAGAAACAGGAAAAAAAAAAGGAAAAAAAAUAAUACUGUGAGCACACUGUCCAAAAAGUAUGGAAUAAUUUGUACAAUAUCUUACACCUAAAAAAAAAAAAUACUAAAUAGUGAUAAUUUCAAUGUUGGUACAACAAAAUAUAGCUACUCUCCACCAUAAGAUGGAAUUGUUAUCAGUAUAUUAUGUUGUAAUCUACAUUUUCAGUGUUUAUAAAAGAAUUAGCUGUUACGUUUUUUAUUAAAGAAAUAUUUACAAAAGUAAGAAAUACGAAUAUUUUUUCGAUUAACGUUAAUUUAAUUAUUUAUACUUCCUCAUUGGAAUUGGUGCAGUUUUUGCUAAUAUUCAGACAAAAAGUGUGCUUCGCAUGAUCAAUUGAAGAAGAAGAUAAAAAGAAAAAAAAAUAAUAAUUCAAAGCGUGUACCUGAUUUAUAAUGUAAAAGAAUUUGCUGCAGAUGUACGUGGGUGCCUAUUAUCGUACAGAAGUGAUGAAACAAAAGGAAAAGGGAAAAAGAAAAGUGAAAAAAAAAAGAUAUUGAUCUUUCCUAACUUGCUCAUCGCAUGAGCGUCGUACAUUACACGUGCCCGAUGUAGAUUAUUCCUGCAAAAUUAACAUCAUUGUACAUGCCUAUCAUAACGAUAGAGAACAUUCAUACAUAUACCUGUAUAUACGUACGAAUAUACGCAUGUAUCAUUUAUUACGUUUAGCGUUCAUUUCUAGUGCAUCAUCAUUUUAGAUUGUUCACAGUAGUCUCUUCAUUCUGUAAUAGCAUUUAAUCAUACAGAAUCUCGAAUGAUUUGUGUUCAUUCAUGAACAUCAACAUAUAAAUAUAGAAACUGAAUUUUCAUGUUGGAACGUAUUAAACAUUUUACACGAGAUACCGAUAUGGGAAGCCAUACGUUUUUUAUAAGCUAUAAUAUAUAAAUUUGAUAUAAGUUUGUUGGGGCAAUGAUAGAAGUUUUUCUAUUAUACUGCCGUAGUUUAAAGAAGAAAAUGAUAACAUAUAAUAACGAGGCAUACUAUUUAUUUAAUUUCUUUUUUUUCUUUUUUUUUUUUUUUUUCUUUUAAAUGAUCCUCAAGACGAUGGUUACUUCAGAUUACCCACUAUAAGAAGAAAGUUUACCAAGUAUCCUGGUAAUCUGGAUUAACCAUGACUCUUCAAUGAUUUUCGUGCUUCCAUAUUUUUUAGGGAGCACGAUACGCAAUUUCCUGACCACCGACGUUCGCGGAAUUAAAAUAAAAUUAAAAAAAUAUAUAAGUUACAGAGGCACGUACACCUGUGAGUCUUCGUUAGUGUAAAUAAUAAGAGAACAAAAGGAGCGAGUGAGAGAGAUAGAAUGUGUGUGAUAGAAAGCGAAUAUCUGUAACGUUUCAGUUACAAAUUACGUGAAACGUAGUUGCUUCAACGGUUCAAAAUAUCAAUCUUUGAAAUAAUAAUAAAAAUACGCGCACAAGACUGACGAACCAUGUAAAAAGAUAUUAAGUUGAACUCUAUACACUGUUAUCUUUUUGAAUAUCUGUAGCGCCGAUUCAAUUUGCGAGACGAAUCAGUACAAAGUGAUGGAAGAGCAAACAAAAAAAGAUGAUUUAAAAAAAAAAAGAAAUUGUAUAACAGGUGCAAGGGUACAUUGCAAUACUGAUCUCAGUUAAAUAUAAUUUGUUAUUGCGUGCACCGGGAAGCGAAUUUGCCUUCUAAUUGUAUAAUGCAAUUUAUUGUAAGUUCUUCGUUAGGAAAGAGCACUGAAAAUUAAAAAAAAAAAAAAGAGAAAGAAAGAAGAAGCGGAUCGUUGAAGCAAAGUUGUUCCGAGUACAUGUAAAUAAUUCGUUUUUCAGUCGCUAACUAUACUUUUUAUCGGGAAUGGCACAUAAAUAACGUUUACAUGUACCAUACCAUUUUUGGCCGCGCACUUCACAAUGUAAAGGAAAAAACGAGAGAAUGAAAAGGAUAAGGUUUUUUCUUAGCUGCGUGUUCCUCUUUGCAAUGAUCGCGUCGUUUCUUUUUUAUACGGGAUUCGAUGAGAAAAAGAAAAAAGGUUGGAAAAAGAAAAAAAAUUUACUAAUAAGACCGCAAGUUUCCGAAGUUAGAUGAUAACGUUCUCCUUACUGCCACUAAGUGGAAAUUAUUAAUAUAAAUAAUAUAAAAAUAGAGGAAUGUAAAGAAACUAAAGGUACAUAGCAGUUUUGGUACAGCAUCUAUGAUAUUUUUACAAAUUGUAAUUGGAUAAGUCGUAAGCCAGAGGAUAAUAAAAAAAAAAAGAAAAAGAAAAAAAAACACGAGAAUAAGUUUCACCAAAGAGAUAGCCCGAAUUCUUUACUCUUAGUUUUUGUUUUAGAAUUAAAAAGAAAAGAAAGUGCGAUUUUUGUACCAUCAUGCGUCUAUUUUCUAUUGGUAGGAAUCGAGUUCUAUUUUCGUCUUCUUUAUAGUUUCUCGCGAGAGGGAUGAAAUUUAUAAAGUUUCGGGCUGUUAAUGUAUUCGCAAAAUUAAAUGAUAAAAAAUACUAAAUAUAUUUGAAUAAAGAUUAUUUCUUUUUUUGCCUUGUA